UACCAGAGGGCGGAUGGAGUUGUGGAAAGUACUUCCGGUAUACUGGAUGGUGUAAACACGGGGAACAGGAACGUUAGCUGUGGAGCUCUGCGGAUUCGGUGCUCUAAAGGAUGGAGCUAAGGCUCUCAAGUAGUUAUUGUAGUUGUGUCUUGUGGCUUUGUAGCUUUGCGUUAUGCGCCAUCAUAGGUACGCAUCCAGUUGCUUCUAUAGAAGUGUACACACAAGGGGAGAUGUUUGUAGAAAAUGGAACUACUGGAGUACUUGAGUGUAAUUUCAAAUCAAAUCAAGUGAUCAGUAGUCAAGCAUCAGUCUCCUGGUCUUUCGUCCCAGAGGGCUCUUCAGAGUCUACUGGUGAAACUGUCUUCUAUUAUGCUGGUGGUAAGGGAUUUCCUGGCACCAACCAGUUUAAGGACCGAGUUGAGUGGGCAGGGGACCUGAACAAAAAAGAUGGCUCAAUUCGCAUCAGUAAUAUGCAGUUUGCUGACAAUGGCACCUACGUCUGUGAUGUGAAGAACCCUCCUGAUGUUGCAGGCAAAGCUUCAGUGACCAAACUCAGAGCUGUGAUGAAAGAGUCUCUCCCAAAGACGAGCCCAGCAGUGAUUGUGGGUGCUGUCAUCGGUGCGAUCAUUGGUGUUAUCAUCAUUGCUGUAGUCGCAUAUCUGUUAAUAAGAGUAAUGCGGUCUACACGUGACUACGAAGGCUGCACCUCCACAGAGAGUGUGAGCAUCCAGGCGGCUCGGCCGGGGAAGAAAUCUGAGUCCAGCACAGAGGGCUCACGCUGUAGCAGCCCCUCUGCUCCUGUUCAGGGCCCGGUGAUAUACGCUCAGCUUGAUCACUCUGGCAGUAAGAACUCCUUCCACAAGAUGGAGCCUGUGGUCUACGCUGACAUUCGUAAGAACUAGACAAUGAGCAAGAGAACAGGGAGUAGUACUCACUCUUCCAGCAACACUUCUCUCUUCUAAUUUUUUUUCCUUAAAUAAACAAAUGACACCAUGACAUGUUAAUCAUGUUCCUUAUACUGGGAGGCUUCAAGGCAACAUAACAUAGUGUUCUUGUGUUCAUAAUUAUUACCACUUUAAAUGCAGAUUAAUGAUAAUGUUCCCCCCUAUUGAAUUUGUGCAUGUUGCUUACUCUGAUGCGUCCCCCUGAGCUCAGAUCUCUCAUAAGUGAGAUGUGGAAAAUUUGGAAAGAUACUUGUUUUACUGUCAUUGUGAUUUUUCACCAACUGAAGAACUGCCACCUAGAGUCAUUGUGUUAUUAUAUAUGUUGUGAGGUUCUGACGAUUAGGUUAACAAAACACUUCUUUGUCUUAAUGAUUUGCAAAGGCAGCAACUGUUCCCACAGGAGAGUGUCAUGACCAAAUGAGUUCAUGAUUUUGCAGACCAAAUAACCACUAUUUGUACAGCUAUAUGUGCCCAGUGUUUUUUUUUGUUUUUGUUUGUUUGUUUGUUUGUUUUUAAACAUUUUUCAUUGAUUUUAAGUAAUGCUAACUGCAAACAUUCAAAGACACAGUUUAAGCUCAUUCCUAACCUUUAAAUGGAGUUCGGUAAAAUAAUUAUUUUUUAUCAUUGUUCUUCGAUUUGAUAUAAGAACAAGUCUUAAACAGAAAUGGCCAUGGUAAAGUGUUAUUUUUUAAAAAUCAUCUUUAUAUACAAAAAGAUUCAAAUUCUGUUUUUUAUUUAUGAUUCUGACAAAUUCAGGUUGCAAAUCAUCAUUGCCAUCCCUUUUUUUUUUUUUUUUUUUUUUAAGGGAAGUUUUUCUAAUAGCUAAACCGUAGUUACAGCUGUGUAGCAGUAGUGCAGUUGGUUAUGGUAGUUAAGUCUGCUUAGCUGUAACCUUUUUCUGUAAAUAAUUAUCUCUGGUACAUUAGUGGUUACAGAUAGUGUCAUGUCAUUACGUUCCAUUAGAUAUAUUCCAUUAUUCCAUGUUGAUCCACUCAUUUUGCUACGUUGCUGCCUCUGUUUUUUUUUUGACAUGCCAAAACCGUAUUUUUUGGAGUAAUUUUUUGGAACAUUCCUCUGUUUUGUUUUAGUUUUUUGUUUUUUUGGUUGUUUUUUGUUUUUCUUUUUUUAAGUCUUAAUUGUUUUUCUUUUUGCACAUUAUGGUGUGACAUUGUACGUUUUUUUGUUUGUUUUGUUUUUGUGGUUUGUUUAAGAAGAAAAUACAAAUGCUACAGAAUGUUUCAAAAGUCUCCAUACGAAAUCAACACUAUUUAGUAAAAUUAACUUUAAUCACAAAACAUUCCUACUAAUAAAGAAACUCAUAUUAACACAACUGGUGUUGUGCAUAUAGUGUAACGCUUCCUAGUACAUCAUGGUCUUCACAUAAGCAUGAAAUAUUUUCAAACAUUUUUGCUCUAAAGUGUUAAUUCCCCCAAUGUAUGGAGACCUUGUGAAGACCCUGUAUUUUUAAGAACACUAAAGUUGUCAUAACCAAAAUCAUGACAUUCCUGACGUUAAUAUGAUGCUGGAGUCUUGUAUUUUAAAGCAGCAUGUUGUAGAUUAUUGUUUUUAUUUGAGGAAAAAAGGUCAUUUGUUGCCUAGUAAAACUUAGACAGUUAUAAGAAUCAAUUAGAAAUAUGCUCUCGGGUGUAGUUUACAUAAACAUUGUGCCGUUAAUGUGACUGAAUUCCGAGGCAUUCUGUGUUGUGUUGGAAGGUAUGCAUUGUGCUCUGCAGCAUGUUUUGACUUAUAGCACUAUUGUCCUUAAGUUUUCUGUUAAGAAAAGUGUGUCAAUGCAGAUUAGCGAUGUUAAUGAUGUGUUAAUAAUGUGACCAUUCAUUGAGAACUGGAAAGUUGUGAUUUUAUAGUGCCUUUUACACAUUUCAUGUACUAACUCCGUCCCAUUCUGCGUGUCCUGUCCAUUCUUGUUUUGUAUAUGAAACCCACACUAUCUGAUUUCUUUUUAUACAUAUAAAAUAUAUAUGAAAAGUCAGAUCAACCUGAUUUGGUAUUCUGCAUUUUUACUGCUAUGUGAAUGAGCUUUUAUGCCUAAUUUUUACAUAAAGUUGGUGUUUUAUUAUGUACAUCACUAAUCAUUCAGAGCCGAUAUGAAAGUUAGAUGCUCUUUAAAAAUAACUGAAAAGAACAUUUUCAAAUGUUUUUUCUGACAUUAACUGGUAGGCUUUCAGUGGCAUAAAAUGUAUUUAAAAUUGCAUAGUUUAAAAAAGGGGAAAUGUAAUUUCCUUUAAAACCCUCCUCAUAAUAAAUGACGUACUGUGGAUUUAUUUUAGGGAUUGUGAAGAUUAACACGAGAAAUGCAAUUUCAUUAGAUAAGGCCAUGUUUUUGUGUGUGUGUGUUUUCUUUCCUGAUUGUUAAUUUGCAGACCAUAUCGGGAAGUUUAUCUAAACUGGGAUCCAGAUUUGUGCCUGCAACUAUAUAAUUAGCAGAAAGGAAAUAAUGGCAAAGGGGCAGAUUUUCCAACUUUACCAGAAACGUUACUAGUAUGUUUGGUUCUCAUAGCCCUGUUAUUAAUAUUAUACAGGUAUGAUGGCAUAUUCAUAAUACCAGGUAAAGUGAGUACCAAGAAAGCCUUCAUUUAUACAACAAAAAAAAAAAAAAAACGCUUUCCAUUAAUACAGAUUUAAUGAAUUUAGUUAUUUGGUUGAAUUUAGGGGUUCAAAAUAAUAAUUAUUUAAUAUUGGAUUGUUGGUAGAUUUUGUUUCAUAACAGUACACAGGAGAGUAUAUGGUAACAAAAAGAAAAAAAAAGUUAUUUAAUUUUUUAAUUAAAACAAAGAUGAUGCCUAAUGAUGAAACUGAACAGACACCCAAAGUUUUAUGAUUAAAAUGUGUGCACCAAAUUUGUAACAUUUUUAAUCGGGUGUGAUUUAGCUAUCGAUACAUUUAUUAAUCUUUUGUGUUGAUGAUUUAGCGGCUUUAAGAGUAACAAUUUGUUUAUAAGCAUAUGAGUGUGGUGUUCUCGACAGAUCUUUGAACAGCAUUCCAUCCUCGGACUGAUCAACAAUCUGGACUUUUGAAAAUCAGAUUUUUUUUUUUUAGAAAGAUUUUCCCUUCUAACCUUGAGUGCAGAUGGGUGUAUUCCAAUCUAAAAAAUAUGGGAACAAAUGGUAGUUUUCAUAAUGGGCACAAAUGUUGGUGCAUACAUUUUAUCACAAAUCUAUGGGUGUCAGUUUACUUCUUGCAUGUUUACAGUAUGUACACAGGAUUGCCUUUCCACUGAAAAAUCCAGAAAGACUGGACGAGCUAGUCCUUGUUCCUUCUGUGGAACUGGAAGAAUAAAAAACAUUAUCCAAUGGUAAAUAGCCUGUAUCAGGCUGCACACUUCAAAGCCUCUGUAGAUAAGGAUAGAUGAUGUUGAAGGGAAAUUCUUUGGAACAUGGAUCCUUUUUUUUUUCUAGGUUUUUACAAGGAAUUAAAUUGCUUUAAAAGUUUAAUAUUUAUUGCUUUAAAUAAAAAUAAAAAACACAAAUCUGUACUGCACAAGCAUCACAUAGCAUAUCAUAAACUCUAAAAAGAAUGAAGACAUUAAGAUGCUACUAAAUGCAGUAUUAACAUUUUAAAGACUUAGACGAUUGUUUGUAUAAACAGGAUAUCAGAUGUAUUUCUAUUUGAAAAGAACCUUACUGAUCAAAAGACAUUCUCAGAUACAGGUUAUGUUUUUUUAAUUCAUAUUUUUCACAUUACAUCAAUACUGAAGACAUCACUGGAGCGUUAUAAUGAUGUAAUUCUUUAAGCCAUUCAUUUUUCAGUGACCAAUAUGUGCUAAGCCAACCCCAAAUAAUCUUGUAUACCCGAUACCUUAAUUAGACGUCAUGUUUUUUUUGUUUUUUUUGCAGAAGGCAUCAAUAGGCAGGUUUGAAAUAUGGACUAUAUAUUGGGCAGGGUAAAAAUAUGGACUGUAAAAACUAAUGAUUUGUAAAUUUAUGCAUCUCGCUAGACAUGGGUACAGUUUUUUUCCCUAUCAAAAUUUAGACUGUAACUCAAAGGUGCAGGAAAAGACUUUUAGGAAUUUUUUAAUUGCAGCUGCCAAAAAAAAAUAAAACAAAUAAAUAGUUAUACAUUUUAUUUGAGAAAUAGUAAUAUGGAUAAAACAUUGAAACUGAGUCUUUUAAAUACAUUUUAAUGUAUGUAUGCCAGCAGCAAUGUAAGCCUUAAAUGUCUUUUUUUUUUUUUUUUUGGCCAUACAAUUUUUUUAACUAUGAUCAGCCAUAACAUUACAACUCAAAAUAUUGUGCCCAGAAGCGAAUAGGUUCCGCUUGUGCCACCAGGGUGUUUCUGGUCCCUCAGGGUAUGACUCGACAUGACAUCUGGGAGAGCAGUGUGGUGUCUGGUACAGGACAUUAGCAGGAGAGCCUUUGAGUGCUCUCAGUUGCAGGGUAGGUCCAUGGCUUGGACUUGUAUGACUUGCAUGUCCCAUGGGUGCUCGAUCAAAUUGGGAUCUAGGGAAUUUGGAGGCUGGGACUGUGAUCUUGGGCUCUUUGUCUGCCCCCAUGCGUGGCAGGUAUUGAUGCACUCACGGUUUUAAUGCUUUUUAAUCAUGGCCAGCAAUGACUGUUUUCAUGGUUGUGCUGCAUUGGCUUUUCUGUGCGAUUGGACCAGACUGGCUAGCAUUUGUUGCCCACAGGCAUAGAUGAGCCUUGGGAGCCCAUGAUCUUGUCACCAGUUUACUGGUAUAUAAAUGAUCAUCAGUGUAAAUGACAUUGGAUGAUAUGACUGCAUAUUCAUUCCACUUCAAUAGAUGAUUGUAAUAGAUCAUUGUAGCCAACAGUGUUAAAAGAAAACUGAUUCAGCUAUUUGGACAUGACAUCAUCUCAUGCUGAAAAAAUUCCUGCAAUGAAAAAUGCCUUCCUGCAUCUCUGCUGUAACAUUUGUUUGCAGUAUUGACAUAUUUUAACAGAACUAGAUAAUAUCAGUAUAUUCUCAUAAAACAUAGCUACAAUGGCUGAGUUAUAACUUUUUUUUGACAAAUCAUUUUCGUUAAAAGUAAAAAAAAUAAAUAAAUAAAUAAUAAUAAUAAUAAUGAAUGGAUUUAUUAAAACUAUAAUUUUCUAACCUUUCCAAGUGUCUGAAUGUUCAUGUUUUCCUGUUUAAUGUUUUGAGGCUAGCUAUUAUAGUAAAUAAGUGUUCUGUAUACUACAUCAGAUUUUUUGCCUUUUACGGGGCAUCUCUUUGUGUAACUGAGAAGGUGAUUAGUAAAUGUUAUUACUAUUUUUUUUUUAAUAUAUAAUCUAAUGUUAGAAUUCAAUGGAGUGUUCUCAAUGUUUUGUCACAUUAGAAGGCAUAGAAAAAAGUGAAAAUCAGACAAGGCACAAGAUUUCAUGAUGCUUAUGCUUACCAACUCAUUGUUAUUUUAUGUAGGCAUUCUGUGAAUAUUUACUGGGAUUUUAGCAUAAACAUAGCAUUUUGGUCUCAUAAAUGACUGAGAAUACACAAGUAACACCAGUUUUUAUUUAAUAUACAUAUGACUGACAGACGUAAUUAUUUAAUUGUUUUAUUAAAAGCCAGCGCAUAGUAAUACUGCUCUGCUCUGUUGUUAUACAUGUUAACUUAAACUUGCAUGUUUAAGAUGUAUUUGGCUUAUAAACUUUUUGACCUUUUGAUUCUUUUUUUUUUUUGGCGGGCAUACAUAAAAAAAUACACAAAAUAAUGUUUGUGACUAAAUCUACAAAGUUAAUAAAAAAGAAAUAUAAAUGGAAUAAUUUUUUUAAAAACUACAUGAAAAGACAUUGUUUUAAAAUUUGCAUGACCUGCCAGAUUUGCAUGAAACCUGAAGCAUUGCAAAAGAUUAAUUUAUGCAAAAUAUGUAAAAAUCAUGUGAUUUUUCAAAGUGCUCUUCUGUUUAACUCUUCUUUGAUUAAAAGGUGGUUGGAACAUCA